AUGGAAGUCCAAUCUUUUUCUAAAGAAAGUGUCGCCGAAACAGCCACCAGCGCCGUCACUCCUCUCGCCGCCGCCGAUAUCGAUGCAGCCUUCCGCUCCAACAGUAUAGAUCUCAUCUCGAAGCCGCUCGGCUCCCGUAUCCUCUCCUUCUCGGAUGAAUGGUUCGCUGCCGCCGAUAAUCUCACUACACCUACCCCUCCGGUCCGCAAACCGGGCGUCUUCACCCACGCCGGCGCGUGGUAUGAUGGCUGGGAAACAAGGAGACAUAACCCAGAGGAGUUCGACUGGGUCGUCCUUCGGCUGGGCGUUGCGAGUGGGAAGGUGAAGGGUGUGGAGAUCGACACGGCGUUUUUCAGCGGGAACCAUGCGCCGGAGAUUGCAGUGGAGGGUUGUUUCAGUAGCAACGAUGAUGAGGUCAAGGGGAAGGGGUUCAAGGGAUGGGAGACGAUACUAGAGAGGCAGGAGUGCGGGCCUAGUCAGCGGCAGGCCUGGGUACUGGACAAGAUGAUGGAGAAGGCUUAUACACAUGUCCGGUUGUUGAUGUUUCCCGACGGGGGCAUUGCACGGUUCAGACUGUAUGGGCAGGCGGUGCCGGUGUUUCCGGAGGCGGUGGAUGAGGUCUUCGACCUUGCAGCGACAGUAAAUGGGGGCGUGGCGAUCAGUUGCUCCGACCAACAUUUCGGGACCAAGGACAACUUGCUCCUGCCCGGAAGAGGAGUGGAUAUGGGCGAUGGAUGGGAGACGAAGCGGACGAGGGGACCGCAUGUGGACUGGGCGAUCAUCAAGCUGGGGUGUCCCGGCGAGGUGGAGAGCGUUGUCAUUGAUACAGCUCACUUUCGGGGGAACUAUCCGCAGCAAGUCCAGGUCUUCGCAAUAUCCGCUGAGAGAGACCCGGGAGCAGAUGACGCGGGCUGGGUUGAAGUACUACCGCCGCAGAAAGCGGGCCCCGAUAAGGAACACUUCUACAAUCAGGACGUGCUGCAGGAUGUGCGUGGGGCUACCUACUCGCACUUGAAGUUGGUGAUUAUACCUGACGGGGGUGUGAAAAGAUUCAGAGUCUUUGGAAGGAGGAAGGCCUAG